CGCGCCGUUGGCCGUUGGCGCGGUUUGGCGGUUGUCUUGGAGAAGCAAGAUGGCGGCCACGGCGACUGCGGUGGUGGCGGAGGAGGACACGGAGCUGCGGGACCUGCUGGUGCAGACGCUGGAGAACAGCGGCGUGCUCAAUCGGAUCAAGGCUGAAGUCCGAGCAGCUGUGUUUCUAGCCCUGGAGGAGCAGGAAAAAGUAGAGAACAAAGCCCCGUUAGUCAACGAGAGCCUGAAGAAGUUUUUAAACACGAAAGACGGUGUGCUGGUGGCCAGUCUGGUGGCAGAAUUUCUUCAGUUUUUCAACCUGGACUUGACCCUGGCUGUUUUCCAGCCUGAAGCCAGCACGUUCCAGGGGCUUGAAGGCCGGGAGACUUUGGCCCGGGAUUUGGGCAUCAUCGAAGCAGAAGGCACUGUGGGCAGCCCGCUGUUACUGGAGGUGGUCAGGUGCUGCCAGCAGCGGAAGAAAGGGCCACCCAGUGGGGAGGGUGCACUGGACCUGUCUGAUGUACAUUCCCCACCAAAAUCACCCGAGGGCAAAACGAGCUCACACACGAUUCCCAGUAAGAUACCGAGGUAUAAAGGACAAGGUAAAGCGAAGAGAAGCGGGGACAAGUCUGGUGACAAGAAGUCCAGUGAGGCCAGCCAGAGAGACACAAGUAUCUCCUCCUCGGAGCCCAGGAGCCGGAGCAGCCGCCACGCACUCCCUCCCCUGAGCAGCUCUCCGGCAGACGGCGCCACCAGGGCCGGGCCCUGCCCCGAGGAAGACGAUGCGGAAGGGGACUCCUUCUUCGAUGACCCCAUCCCGAAGCCAGAAAAAACAUACGGUUGGAGACGUGAACCCGGCAAGCAGGCGGGCAGCCUGGCCUCGCUCUCGGAUGCACCGCCCGUGAAGGGUGGGCUCAGCUCCCUGGCGGGAGCCCCCUCAUUAAAAGAUGCAGAAAGUAAACGGGCACAGGUGGGCUUGAAAGACCUGAAGUUGGUCAGCGACAGGAUGGGCUCGCUUGGCCUAGGGACGAGAGAUGACGAGGACUACCUGGACGAUUUUAACAGCAGCCACCGCUCGGAGAAGAGUGAGAUGAGCAUCGGGGAAGAGAUCGAGGAAGACCUGUCGGUUGACGUGGACGACGGGGACACCAGUGACAAGCUUGACGACCUCACACAGGACCUCACUGUCUCCCAGCUCAGCGACGUGGCCGACUACCUGGAAGAUGUGGCCUAGCCAGGACACCCGCUGCCACCACCCCUUCUGUGAAGCGGACAAGCCUGUCAGCCUUGCUUCUUGCCCAGACAAUCGCCGGCUGAAGGUCUGCGGUCUCUGGUGCCUUGUGUUUCAAAAGACUGCAGAUAUUUUCAAAAAGUAACUUUUCACCUCUAAACCAGGCCCUUGGUUUGAGCGCGUGUUUGGAAGAGUUAAUAUUCUUACCUGGAGUUACCCACACGCAUCUCUGUGGUGAUGGAUAUCUGAGCUCAAGUUCACCACGGGAGCUGAGCCGCCCGAGAGCGGAUCCUGAGCCCGACGGACGGUGCGGGGCCUGCACGGGAGGUCACCUGACUGCGCGCAUGUGUGCAGGAAUGAGCCCGGACGCUGGCCCCCGGCCUGGUGGCUGGGCUGUGUGAGGGUGGGGAAGGCUGGCCACCACGGAGGUGACAGGCCUCUGUUGCUGCUGCUUCACGGAGCUGCUCCUCAGGAACUGGUCCACAGGUGCUGUGUUUGCACCUACUGUGGACGGCUGUGUCCGAGCUGGCGCCGUCCUCGUGUGGGGCCUGUUAGCCCCAAGCAGUGCGGUAACUGCAGACCCCCUGCGAGGACUUCCAGUAGCAGUGACCUGUGAUCAUGGGCAGCUGGGCGGGACAGGAGCCAGCGCUGGGCUGCCCAGAGCAGCCCCGCCUGGGAGGCUGUGCGGACCCAAGGUUGGGAGCAGCCGCCUGCCAUGGUUGGGUCCCAUUCCUGCCCGUUGACAUCUGAAUUAAAUGAUGCCCCAAGCAGGCCUCCUGUGUCCUCGCUCUGGAGGCAAGAGGGGCCAGUGCUGUUGGAACCUGAAGUGUCAAGAGUAUGAUUAAAGACCCCGUGCCAUCACUA